AUGUCACAACUAAAGAUGAAUAACGACGCAGAAUUAAUACAAUCUUACAUUGAUCGUAUUAAAGUAAAUUUACCAACUAAAUAUAGAAAAUUAGAAACCAUCGAGACUGAUCCAAUAGUUCAGGCAACUGUUACUGCUAUUGUGAAUAUGUCUACCUUAAGGCUUGGCACAAUCGCUAGUUCUUUAACAAAAUUAUUAGAAAGUGUCACAGAGGAUCUGGAAAGUUCAAAUGUUUUAAUAGAUUUUGUUGCUCCAGAAAAAUUGCAGAUGCAAUUAUUCUUAUUGAAAAUACUUUCAGCGUGUAUGAGUAACCAUUGGAAAAAUCAUAAAAUUCAUCGUGAAUCUCAAAAAGAAAUAAUAAAUGAAAGUGGUGGAGGUGAAACAACCAUUUCCACUGCUAUUCCAAAUUCUCAAAACCAUCAAAAUAAUGUAAAUUCAAGUCCAGAAUCAAAAAAUCCUAAAAAUAGACAAUCUGAUAAUCCACCACCAUUAAAACCAGAAUUGGCAAACUUCAUUUUACAUAUUUUGUCUAGAUUCCUUCGUCAAAAAUCACUACAAGACGAUAAUGCCGGAGUGCAAACAUUACCGAGUGGAGGUUUGCCUCCAUCUAAUCAACAAUCACCAUCAACACACGAAUUGCUAAAUGAAAUCUAUAAAAUUGCUGGUCAUGUUAUAUUUUAUAUUAGUGCUUCAAAUUGGAACGUUGUGUUUAAGAGAAUAAGAAAUAAAAUCAAUCAAAUUUCUGCAACAAAUGAUGAAUUUCCCGAUACUUCUGAAUUGCGACUGCUCGAGUGUUCUGAUUUUAACAAAGAAAGAUUGGAAGAGAUAUUAAAUGUGGUUUGUAUUUUUUUUCCUAGACUCAGAAAAGUUGCUCAACUGGACACAGCAAAGUUCUUACGUUACGCGAUAUGGAGCUGGAUUGAAGUUUUCCCCGAUGAAUUUGUCUUAUUAUGUCAAUCAAAAUCAAGAAUGGGAGGAAAACCGGAUGUGUUAUUCGAUAAUUGCUAUAAUUCAGCCGAUCAGCCUCAUCCCGAUCAGCCUCAUCGUAAACUUGUAUUAUGGCCACUACAAACAGUCUUAUUAAUUAUUUGUCCUGAUAUCUUAAAUAAAAUUGCAAACAAAACUUACGAUAAAGACUCUCCAAAAGUAAUUAUUAAUCAUCAUUAUUGA